AUGGAGAUGGAAUUGCCUGCUACACCUACGCCCACUACUGACACACGAAACAUCCAUUUCAAUUUCCAAUCACCUAAAACAGUCGACAAAGCACAACAGUCGCUACGUAUGCAAGUAGCUGCUCACAACUUCAACAAACGUACGGCUUGUGACUCAUUUGUAACUGUAGACAGUCCGUCCUCGCCACUGCCCGUUGCAACAUGCAACUUUGCAGCACUAAGUCGUCACUUUCAUCUACCACUUAAAGUAGCAGCUGAGAAAUUUGGUGUACGUGCUACAGCCUUUAAAAAACGAUGCCGAGCCAUUGGAAUCCGUCAUUGGCCUUAUCGUAAAGUUCGCAGUCUCAAGCGCUCACUACAGGAGCUCGAGCAGUGUCAACAACAAGCCCAGGACGGCUCAGGUCCGCCACUUUCGGACAAACAGAUUCGACAAUUUGCAGGAUGCCAGAGCCAACUAAAACGCCUUUUGUCACCCGAGACUUAUGGCAUUGACCCCAAUGGACAAAUGCUGCCUUCCACUUUUUUCUACAGUGAUGCUGAUGGGAGCAACACUCCAGACGACCGCGAGUCGGAUGACGAUUCGUGUAGCUCUCCAAGUUCACAACCAGGUGUUGAGCAUUUCGUUCACAGGAACAAAGCACGGAAACAAUUCUUCACAGACUCACCAUCGUCGACCUCUGCUUCGUCACCACAUCGUGAUACUAUGUUCUUCAGUAACCCCAUGGCUACGCACACAGCAACUGGCUACAGUCGCACCCAAUACAACCAAUACAAUAUUGGAAUGAUCUCCAUGCAGCCGGGAUUUGUCUUUGACACGUUCUACGACCCUUUUGGUGAACUCAGCACCUCUACUAUGGACCCGUAUGGAGACAACGACCAUCCAUCGUGUGGCUACUCUCUUGAUGCCGUUUCAUACGACUUUUUUCCACUGCAACCGUCACCGACCAUGGCCAUGCGAAAAGCUCAAACUGCAGUUGCUAGCACCUCCAUCCAGGCAGGAACAUCAGCUGCAAUCGCUCCAGGUGGACUUGAAGGUCUAGAGGAUGACAUUUUCCGCCACAUUUCCCCCGAAUACGGUUGCCUUGUUUAG